ACAGCGAGACCGGAAGUGUCCCUGCUGCCGCUACAUUCCGUGGUACGGUCGGAGGGUUCGAGGAGCCCCCUGCAAACGACGCGGGAUCUCCGACGGCUUCUCCCGAAAGCGCCGUCGAACCUCAAACACGUGUGCCGUACCGCCCGGUGAAGAUGAGACCGAGCAUCGUAGGCUGGUGGGCGUUGAUCCACUGUGUGCUCUGCUCCCCCCUCUUGUCUGCUCACAGUGAUUUCUUUACUUCCAUCGGCCACAUGACUGACUUGCUGUUCACAGAGAAGGACCUGGUCAUCUCUCUGAAGGACUACAUCCGAGCAGAGGAGAACAAACUGGAGCAGGUCAAAAAGUGGGCUGACAAGCUAGACGUGCUAACAGCGUCCGCUACUCAGGACCCAGAGGGCUUCUUGGGGCAUCCAGUCAAUGCCUUCAAGCUGAUGAAGAGACUCAAUACGGAGUGGGGUGAGCUGGAGAGCCUGGUUCUCACUGACGUGUCAGACGGGUUUAUCUCGAACCUGACCAUCCAGAGGCAAUAUUUCCCCAAUGACGAUGAUCAGAUUGGGGCAGGCAAGGCCCUAAUGAGACUCCAGGACACGUAUAAACUGGACACCAACACUAUCUCGACUGGAGAGCUGCCUGGCACCUCCUUGGCGGUGUCAUCUAGGAGCACGCUGACCGUUGACGACUGCUACGACCUGGGGAAGAUUGCGUACUCGGAGGCAGACUACUACCACACGGAGCUGUGGAUGGGCCAGGCUAUCAAGCAGCUGGCCCAGGGCGAGGAGUCGACCACCGUGGACACCGUCACCAUCCUCGACUACCUUAGCUACUCCGUCUACCAGCAGGGGGAGCUGGAGAGGGCCUUGGAGUACACCAAGAGGCUGCUCAAACUUGACCCGGCCCACCAGAGAGCCAACGGGAACCUGAAAUACUUCGAGUACCAGCUGGGCAAGCAGAAGAAGGCCGAGGAGAAGGAGAAGGAGAAGGAGAAGAAGGAGGGGGCAGAGAGAGACAAGAGGGAGCUGAAGACGGAGACCUCCAAGGGUCGUCCUGCCGACUACCUGCCAGAGAGGAAGAAGUACGAGCAGCUGUGUCGCGGCGAGGGCCUCAAGAUGACUCCUCGCAGACAGAGCCGCCUGUUUUGCCGUUACUAUGACAACAGCCGCCACCCGAUGUACGUGAUUGGUCCGGUGAAGGAAGAAGAUGAGUGGGACCGCCCGCGCAUCGUCCGUUACCACAACAUCGUGUCGGAGAAGGAAAUGGAGAAGGUCAAAGAGCUGGCCAAACCCAGACUGAGGCGUGCCACGGUGCAUGACCCUCAGACAGGCAAACUGACCACGGCAAAUUACAGAGUCUCCAAGAGUGCUUGGCUAGCUGCCUAUGAGCAUCCGGUGGUGGAUAAGAUCAACCAGAGAAUACAGGACAUCACCGGCCUGGACGUCACCACAGCAGAGGAGCUACAGGUGGCUAACUAUGGCGUGGGAGGGCAGUAUGAGCCUCACUUUGACUUUGGACGGAAAGAUGAGCCAGAUGCUUUCAAGGAGCUGGGCACAGGAAACCGCAUCGCCACCUGGCUACUUUACAUGAGUGAUGUUGCAUCAGGAGGUGCCACGGUGUUCACAGACGUAGGAGCUGCUGUGGUGCCCAAAAAGGGGACAGCAGUGUUCUGGUACAAUCUGUACCCCAGCGGAGAAGGAGAUUAUAGGACAAGACAUGCAGCCUGCCCUGUUCUGGUGGGGAACAAGUGGGUAUCCAAUAAAUGGAUCCAUGAACGAGGACAGGAGUUCAGACGACGCUGUGGCCUUGAGGAGACAGCCUGACAGUGGACCAAGUGCCAGCAUUCGUCCUCCUCGGCUUCCUCACACUUUUUGUCUUCCAAGACGUACUCCUCUGUCGCAUAUGACACAUUUGACAGCUCCUACCUAAGUCACACCCUCUGACUUCUCCACCACGAGCCAAGCACUCCUUCCUCCCUUCCCUCCCUCCCCUCAACCUCAGUGCUUAGCAGCUGAGUCUGGGGGGGGGGGUCACACGUGUGAUCUGACACAUUUAUUUUUAUCUAAAGUGCACAUGUGUCUGACUGACCGAGCGUGUAUGUAAAGUUUGUGAGCCUUUUGUGUGAGAGGUCGUGGGCCGUCUUGUGUCUUCUGUAAAGGGUUUUGCACACUUGCUUCUCAUAAACACAACCCUCCCCGUCCGCUUUGAUACGUGAGACCGUUACCGUGACCUUUGUUGUUGCACUGGCACCGUAGCAUGAGCCUACCUGCUGCUGUCAACCGCAGCUGACUUUUUGCCCUCUACCUUAACAAUACAGAACCUUUUUGUUUUCAAUUUUGUAUUUUAACUCUAUGAUAUAUUGACACCACUCCACUUUUUUUAGGGUUAGGGUCAGUCUGUUUUUUCCUUUUUUCAGUUUCUCUUGUGCCAUCUACUGUGACUUGACACAAAGAGUCCUGUUAAUGCACUGCCUGUCUGUCAUGUCCCUCUCUUCUUCUAGUUGUCUCUCUGCCUUAUGACCUUAACUAAUGCCCUGACGUUAGUUCUUCACCCCAGACCCCUUUCUCCUGUGCAGGUCAGGUAUGCACAUACACACACACACACACACACACACACACACACACACACACACACACACACACACACACACAAAUGCAUGCAUGCACACUGGCGAUAUCAGAGCUGCUUUAAAGCGGAUUCUUACCACUGGGGCAAUUGCAUAUCAUGUUGUGUCUGAUUCCACCCCGCCACCCCCCCCACCCCAUCCCAUGCACUGCACCUUCCACUCUUUCCUGUCAUCCUUUUUUCCAUCGUUAUGCUCAAUGUCAACCUCACUCACUUUUAAAUCUGCCCUGCCAUGUCUCCUCCCACUCUGUUCACUCCCCCGUUUUGCACCAAUACAUGUGUUUGUAUGUGUGUGUGUGUGUGUGUGUGUGUGUGCGUGCGUGCGUGCGCGCACACGUGCGCACGAUGGCAUCUGUCAGUGCCCCAAGCUAGGCAGGCUAUUUUAGCCCUGAGGUCGUUCACUCUUUCCAAGAACAAACAACCAAUUAUCGUUGACAUUGAUGCUAAAAGAAGGCACAGUAUAUCUCUUAUGUCUCCAGCACCCACCACAACAGAUGCCCCUCUCUCUUUUUACGUGCCUCUUCCAAUCCUUCGAUUGCCUUGGCCAGUUAUAGUUGGACUUAAAAGUUGAAGGAGUUGUAAAAGCCACACUGUUUAUGGCGUGCUGGCUGAAUUACUGCUACUCUUUUGCUGUUUGCCUUAUAAGUCACUACUAUAUACUUGUUUAAUUCUGCAACAUUAAUGAAAGUGUUGUAGUAUAAAUACAGGAAGGAUGCAUGGUGACAACCUGGGGGGUGGGGGGUUCUUCCAAGAUGGCUGCCACUGUGAACCACAUCUGGUUCUUACUAAUUGGGGCAAAAGUUUGUGUUAAAAUUUACCCCUCAACGGAUUUCAGUUACCAAAGAAUCGAGAGGGCAUUUCUGAGCGUGGGAGUUUUAUGCCAGUCCUUUUUUUUUCCUGUAUGUCUUUUAUUUAUCUACCCUUCCAGCCAUUCACUCCAUCUAUUUUACUGAAGCAGAAGUGGAGAGGGAAGCAUUGCUCUACUACUCAACCCAACAGACAGACCCUUCUUUUUAUUUUUUUCUGAGCUGAACUUCAGUUUAUUUAACAGGUUAGCAGAAUGUUUUGACAAGAAAACCUCUCACUUACUUUGGACACACUAAAGCACCCAGCAGUCGUGAGCAGAAGGUGCAGUUGUAGCCAUGAUAGUGACAUCUCCCCGGGUGAAUAUAAGUCAGCUGUGGAGCAAUCAAGUGAUGGUUCAGGAACCAUCCAGAGCUGGUAGCCCCAUAGUGUGUGUGUGUGGGGGGGGGGGGUCUAGAGGUGGGAGCGUAGGAGUCAUAGGCCAAGGCCCUCGGGGACCGCGCAGUGUGGCCUGGAUCCCUGGGCGGCCAGGGGUAGCCGGCUGGAAGCAGGGGGGCAGAGCAUUCUAGGAUGGGUGGGGGAGCCUUCCAUAAGACGGGGAGGGAAUCAUCAGAAGCUCAGUCCCUUUUCCUCUCCCACCAUGCAACUUCCUGAAGUAAUGAGGGCGAUGGUGGUGCUGUCCAUGAGACUCACCGUCCAGCUCUCUUACAGUUUAGGGCCACGUUCCAUGCCGGGACCGGAUCCGCCAGCUCCACAUUGGCCAGUGGAACCAGAUAUCUGCAUAAGUUGUGCUGCUCCAGUCUGACACUUGACUACUCGUAUCCCUUCUUUUUAUUUUAUGCAAAGAAAUGUGUGUGUAUGUGUAUGGAUGCUUUACCACUGUGUAUGUAUGUAUGGAAAAUGAAUGUUUUUCUAGAGAAAAAUAAACUUUAUCUGAA